AUGGUACUAAUAUCAUCACUAUGUUUAACAAUAUUAUCAAUUAUAACAUUAUCAUUAGCUGACUUAUCAUGUAAUCCAUUAAAACAACUGAAUUGUUCUCCAAAUCCAGCAUUAAGUGGAUCCAUACAUGAAACUUUUAAUAAUGGGUUAGGAUCAUAUUUUACUUCAAGAAAUAGACAAGGUGAUUUAAAUUUUGGUUCAGAUGGAAUUUCAUUAGUUAUAAAUAAAAGAUUUGAUAAUCCUUCAUUUAUUUCAAAUUUUUAUAUAAUGUUUGGUUAUGUUGAAGUUGAAAUGCAAGCAGCUGAAGGUAAAGGUAUAAUAUCAAGUUUUUAUUUACAAAGUGAUGAUUUAGAUGAAAUUGAUAUAGAAUUUUUUGGUGGUGAUCCUUAUGAAUGGCAAUCUAAUUAUUUUUUAAAAGGAGAUACAACAACUUAUGAUAGAGGAGAAUAUCAUCCAUUACAACCAAGUCCAUUACAAACUUAUCAUAAAUAUGCAAUAAAUUGGACUGAAUCAAAAGUAGAUUGGUUAAUUGAUGGUCAAAUUGUAAGAUCUUUAACGACUGCAAAAAUCCAAUCUCCUUGUAGAAUUUAUUCAGGUAUAUGGGCAGGUGGUGAUCCUUCAAAUGAAAUUGGUACUGUUGAAUGGGCUGGUGGAUAUACUGAUUAUAGUCAAGUUCCUUUUACUAUGCAUAUAAAAUCAAUUAUUGCGGUUGAUUAUUCUACUGGUAAUUCAUAUUCUUAUAAUGAUCAAUCUGGAAAUUUACAAUCUAUUGUUGCAAAUGGUGGUCAAAUUAAUGGUAGAUUCCAACAAGCUCAACAAGAUAUAGUAAAUAUUAAAAGUGGUAAAGCAGUUGAUAAUAGUGGAUCAUCUAGUCAAUCAUCUAGUCAAUCAUCUAGUCAAUCGUCUUCAUCAAGUUCAAGUUCAUCAACUUCAACAUCUUCUUUAUCUUCAACCACAUCAAGCACAUUAUCCUCAGGUUUAACAACCUCACAAUCAUCAUCAAUAAACCUAACUACAAUAUCAUCAUCACCACCACCACAAUCACCUACAUCAAACAAUCAAUCAAGACUAGUAUCAGUAGGUAGUGGAGUAGUAUCAACAUCAACCAAUCUACCAACAUCAUCUUCAUCUUCAUCUGCUACUUCGUCUACUACUUCAUCAAUCACGUCAGAUUCUACAACUACAAGAUCUGCUUCCACUACCGCAUCAGCUUCACAAGCUGAAAAUAAUGGUCUUAUGAUACGUAAUGAAAUUGCCGGGUACUUUGUACUGUUUAUAAUUUUAUGUUUUGCUAUUAUAUAA